AUGGCCCCCUCUCAACAAGAAAUUACCGCCAUCUUCCAGAAGAUUGGCCCAAAGGGAGGCAACUUCAUGGACCACGCCGACGCGGAUGUGAAGCUAGAGGUGAUGGGUCACGACCACCAGUCUAAGAGUAGCCACGAAAGCCACAAAUCGAUGGCCGAGGAGUUCUUUGGACAGUUUGACUUUGUGGAUUGGGACACCAUCGAGAUCAAAGUCCGUCAGGUUAUUGGAGGUGAUAGCUCUCCGUGGGCAUCGGUUGAACUUAUCUCUACUGGCAAGUCCAAGAAAGGCGAGCCUAUCAACCACGAGUUUGUUUUCAUCACCCACUUUAACAAAGCUGGUCACAUUGACGAGAUCCGAGCCUAUCUCGAUUCUGGCCACUUGGAUGAGCACCAUACCUCUCACAAGGGCUGCAGCAAGUGA